ACAUUUAUAAAAGCUUUUUAUUAUCGUUAUUAUUAUUUGACAGAAUACCUCUCUCUCUCUCUCUCUCUCUCUGAAGCUGCAGAGCCGCCAUGGCCACAGCAAACAACGACAAGAAGCCACACGCCGCCAUUCUGACCAGCCCAGGGAUGGGCCACCUCAUCCCGGAGGUGGAGCUUGGCAAGAGCCUCCUCACACAACACGCCUUCGACGUAACCAUCUUCCUCAUCACCACCGAUCUCGCAACGGCUCGCUCCCAAAUCCACCAACAAACCUCACAUCUAAAAACUGCCCCAAACGUGGUGGAAUUGCCGCAACCAGAUGUUUCAUCCAAACUGGGACCAGACCCUUCCCUAUUGGACAGAAUCGUCGUAACCAUGACUGAGUCCUUACCAUCUCUCCGCUCUUUCAUCCUCUCCAUGAAGCACCCUCCCUCUCUUCUUGUCGUUGACCUGUUCGGUACAGAAGCUAUUCCCAUGGCACGUGACCUCGGCAUGCAACCCUUCGUCUUCUUAACCACCAGCGCCUGGUUCUCCGCUCUCACCAUACACCUUUCAGCUAUGGACCCCAACCAGGUGGAGAAUACUCAUAUCAAGAACCGCGAACCGCUUCCAAUCCCUGGUUGCGAACCGAUUCAAUUCGAAGACACACUCGAAGCUCUCUUGGACCCCCUAGGGCCCAUAUAUGAAGGAUACUCCAAGGUUUCAAAGGUAAUCAAUGGCUCUGAUGGGAUCCUGAUCAACACUUGGCAAGAUCUGGAGCCCUCAGCAACGAAGGCGCUGGGGGACUCUGGAAUCUUGCGAAGGUUCACCAAUGGACCGGUUUAUCCGGUUGGACCUCUAGUGAGGACGUUAGCGGACCGUGACACGGGUAGUGUACACGUGGACAACAAGGUUAUGCGGUGGCUUGACCGGCAACCGACGGAAUCGGUAAUCUACGUGUCGUUCGGGAGCGGAGGGACCAUGUCUGAGGCUCAGAUUAGGGAGCUUGCGUGGGGAUUGGAGCUCAGCAUGCAGAGGUUUGUUUGGGUGGUGCGGCCACCCAUUGAGGGCGAUGCUUCCGGCUCAUAUUUCGACGUCGGAAUUGGGGGGCACGGGUCGCCGGAGUACUUGCCGAAGGGGUUCGUGGAGAGGACGAAGGAAUUGGGAUUGGUGAUUCCCAUGUGGGCCCCGCAGGUGGAGAUUCUGGGACAUGCUGCGACGGGUGGUUUUGUGACGCACUGUGGUUGGAACUCUGUGCUUGAAGCAAUCUUUGGUGGGGUGGCAAUGGUGGCUUGGCCGCUCUACUCGGAGCAGAAGAUGAACGCUGCCAUGUUGUCGAAGGAGCUCGGGGUGGCGGUGAGGGCGAGGGGUGAAGCGGAGGGUGGUGGUGUGGUUGGGAGGGAUGAGAUAGCAAGGGUUGUGAGAAGGGUAAUGGUGGAAGAAGAAGGUGGUGCAAUGAGGGCAAAGGUGAAGGAGCUGAAAGCGAGUGCAGAGAAAGCAGUGUGUGAGUUUGGAAGCUCUGAGUCGCUGCGUCAAUUCAGAACUUACUCUCGCGCCGCUUCAGAGGCUAAAGCUCGUGGUGCUUGAUCUCAAGAGUGCAAAAAUAUUGAGUAUGGUAAAAUUUUCAUAUAAUUUAAGGUAUAUUUUAUAUUUUAAUAUAUUUUAUAAAAAAUAAUUAAUUAUUUUUCGGCCA